AUGAGGGUGUGUUUAACGGCCCCGCUGCCGCCCUUCCACGGCCUUGCCGCCGGCCCUUACAGCGGCCCCGUCGCCGCCCUUCUGCGACCCCAUCGCCGCCCUUUCAGCGGCCCCGUCGCCGCCCGCCCUUUCAGCGGCCCGUCGCUGCCCUUUCAGGGGCCCUGUCGCCGCCCUUCCACGGCCCCGUCACCGCUCAGCCGCCUAGCGCCCGAGCCGCCAAGCAGCUACGCCACCGAGCAGCCAAACCGCCAAACAGCCGAGCCGCCCGACAGCCGAGCCGCCCAGCAGCCAAGCCGCCGAGCAGCCGAGCCGCCCGACCACCGAGCCGCCCUGCAGCCGAGCCGCCCGACCGCCGAGCCGCCCAGCAGCCGAGCCGCCCGACCCCCAAGCCGCCCCGCAGCCGAGCCGGCAAGCCGCCCGACCGCCCCACUUGCCUGUGUUCUCACCUUUGACGCUGAGGGUCGGGCAGUUAACUUUGAGAUCGGGGUAGAUGAUCCGCAGCUUUUCCUACAGUGCGAUAGGGCAGACGAUCUCUCCCUGUAUGACCUCACUUCUGGUGCCUCUCCUGCCCCUACUCCUGAUGCUGACACCACUGUUCGCUCACAGUGGGCCACGCGUGAUGCUACUGCUCGCCUUGCUGUGCGCUGCCACUUACCGACCACUGAGCGUGCACACUUUAGCCAGUACAAGAGUGCUCAAACCUUGUAUGACGCUGUAGUUGCACGCUACUCUUCCCCUGCCACUGCUGCACUGAGCCGCCUCAUGCUACCGUACCUCUUCCCUGACCUUGGUGCCUUUCCCACAGUCGCUGACCUCAUUACGCACCUCCGCACUAGUGACACUCGCUACCGCGCUGCGCUUCCUGCUGAGUUCUGCGCCAAGAACCCCCCCUUCAUGUACAUCACCCUCUACUACAUAGUCGCCUGGCUCCCUGACUCUCUCCACGUAGUCACGGACCAGUUCCUCUUUGUUUGCCCCACCACUCUCACCGUUGGCCUCCUCGAGAAGGCCCUCCUAGCAGCAGAGAAGAGCAUAGUCGCUGUAGGAGCCUCUCGUGGUGACCCUCGCACCCCCGUCUUUGAGGGGUGUUCUCCCUCCCCCCUCUUGCCCUCUGUUGCCUCUGCUGCUGCGGCCGACCUCGUUGGCUUCAAGUCGGUCGGUGCUGCGUCUGCCCCGAGCGGGAAACGCCGCACCGGCAAGGGCAAGGAAGGCAAGGGCGCUAGAGGGGCUGGAGGGGGUGGUGGAGGUGGUGGUGGAGGCAGUGGAGGGAGUGGGGGUGGUGGUGGGAGUGGUGCUGGGGGUGGCGGCGGCGGCGGCAACAAUGGAGGCGGCGGAGGCGGUGGUGGUGGCGGAGGGAGCGGAGGCGUCGGAGGGAGCGGAGGCGGCGGAGGUGGCGGAGGAGGCGGAGGUGGAGGAGGCGGCGGAGGCGGCGAUGGCAGCGGCGGUGGCGGAGCGGGUCGCGACUCUGCGUAG